UGCAACACACACUGGUGGAUGCCCAGCAAGAGCUGUCCCUUUACUGAGGGUGGGGGAGGAGGAUGCCAGCCAUGCCUGGGGUGUGCACAGCUGCCAUCUGAUGCCAUCUUGUAAGCCCAGGAUGAGCAGGACCACCUUCGGCGGUCAAUGGCUUCUCCUCACUCCUUGGAGCUAAGUGACAUCAGCGGAAGACACAAUGCAGAUGGCCACGCCCGCCCCGAGAGCUCCGCUACCGUCAGAGGAUUUGAGAACCCAUCCUACGAGGAGAUCGGGGAGACCAGUUUUGGCCAAGAGUCACGGGAUGCCUUGCAGUCGGGUCCUGCGCCGGAGGUGAGGGGAUGGGGGAAAGAGAACGGAUCUCCUCACUCCGAGGACAGUCGGGAACCUGAGCCGGCAAGCCAUUCCAUCGAUUACGGUUUCAUCUGUUCCUUGGUGCUGCUGGUUAGUGGCAUCAUUCUGGUGGCCGUAGCCUACACCAUACCACGGGAGGUACGAGUGAGCCCCGAUUCCGUGUCUGCCCGCGAGAUGGAACGACUAGAACUCUAUUACGCGCGCCUGGGCUCCAACCUAGACAAGUGCAUCAUCGCGGGCCUGGGCCUUCUCACCUUAGGGGGCACGCUCCUUUCCAUACUACUCAUGAUCUCCAUCUGUAAGGGGGAACUCUACCGGAGGAGGAAAUUCAGCGUGGCCAGAGGGCCCAGGACAAAAUACGGCUCUCUCAACCUGAGAAUGAGGCAGAUGACCACAGAAGGCGGUCAGGUGCUGGUAGAACAUGAAGCGAUGGAGAUGACCAACAAUAUUACCCACCAAGGGCACGAGCCUUAAGAGCACCAAGGACAUUUUCAAAAUAUGCCGACACGGGUUAAUGAUUUAGAUGAGCAAAUAUUCUGCUAUGGAGGCAUUAAUGUUUAAUGAGGCCAGAUUAUUCCGUCCUGAGAGGAUCCUGCUGUUUCGAUCUCAGUGACGCUGGGGGAGGGGGAGAGAGAGAGAAUUAUUUCUAGAGACACUGUAAAAACAGGUUGAUGGCAAUGAGAUCCAUGACUGCUGGUGUGGUAACAGAAUAUACAGCCACAGGACCUCGGGGGCACGCUGGGAUUUGCAGUGCUACACCAGCUGUCGAGCUGCAGGUUGUCUACCUGUGCUGUAGAAUGUGAAUGUUCCGAUUAAAAGAAUGUUGACCAGGAUUUCUUCUCAAUAAAUCCUGCUUUAGCACAGAUUGGAUUCAUGACUGAGCCUAAACGGCAUGCACUUGGCUUUGCCAGCCCGCAGGGCUCUGGCUGUUGAGGCUUGGCGGGCAUGGUGGGUGUCAGACAUUUGUAAAAUCAGGGCAAGAUAAAAAAAAAAAAAAAAAAAAAA